GAGUUAGGGAAGUUCAACCCCCGCGACAGACUUGGGCAAGUUUGGAAACCCGAUAGGGGGGUGCAGUAUGCGCAGUUGAUGCACCACGGCUAAAAAUAACCAUCUCUCACUGAACACUGGCGCAUAUACACCAGGCAAACGGAAUGAACGAGCGCCAAUAAGAACUUUUUUUAAUUUCGUGGCUUGCGUGGACCAAUCGUGUGGCAUGGCGCUCUCCUUCUGUGGUAACGAUGUGAAUAAAAGUGCUUACGGGGUGGAGAAGGGCGUGCUGAACAAUGGCUGCUUCGUCGACGCCCUCAACCUGGUCCCUCAUGUCUUCCUCCUCUUCAUCACCUUCCCCAUCCUCUUCAUCGGCUGGGGCAGUCAGAGCUCCAAGGUCCAGAUCCACCACAACACGUGGCUCCACUUCCCUGGACACAACCUGCGCUGGGUCCUCACCUUCUCCCUGCUCUUCAUCCACGUGUGCGAGAUCGCCGAGGGCAUCGUGUCCAACAAUGAGAUGCGCACUAACCACCUGCACCUGUUCAUGCCUGCGUUCAUGGGCUUCAUAGCGGCCACAACCUCUCUGGUGUACUACCACAACAUAGAGACCUCCAACUUCCCCAAGCUACUGCUGGCCCUGUUCAUCUACUGGGUCCUGGCCUUCAUCACCAAGUCCAUUAAGCUGUGGAAGUUUGCAGAGCUGGGCAUCAGCAUCCAGCACCUGCGCUUCUGCAUCACAGCGCUGCUGGUGCUCCUGUAUGGCCUGCUGAUGGCUGUGGAGGUCAAUGUCAUCAGGGUCAGGGUGAGUCGGACUUUGUAG